GGGUAAGUAUCCUAGAAGCCCACUUCGUGAUGGAAAUGUUCUAUUUUCAGGAAAUGGUGCUGUUUGCACUCAGUUGACUAGCAGCUCAUCAACUUACUUGCCUCCCACUCUGUACAAAUUGUCCAGUGUUCUGCCGCCUUUCUUUUUUUUUUUUUUGGGUUUUUCUCCGGUACCAGGAACCGAACUCACGACCUUCCGCUUGCCAGGCAGGCGCUUUGCCGCUGAGCUAAAUCCCCAGCCCCCUGCAGCCUUUCUUUUGAUCACCCUUUCUCUGCCCUUCUCCCUUUAUCCUCUCAAACCCCCGUCUCACAGAGCAGGACCCUUGCCUGCCCGUUUAUCCUUCAGCCCACUCAUGAGCAUUACUGUAGGAGAACAAGCUCUCCAGGAGCUAUGCUGGAUGUCUGCUUGGUCUGCUGCUUGUCAAAGGCAGCUGUUGCUACUACCACCAUUCUGGUGGCCAUUAUCCAACACCUACUAGCAGCCACUGCUGUUGCUGUGCCUUCUUUUUCAACUUCUCCUUCUUUUACUGGGAAUUGGAUCCAUUGCCUUUGCGUUAAGCUAUAUUCCAGCCCUUUUUAUUUUUAAUUUUAAGAGAGGGUCUCAUUAAAUUGCUAGGUUGCCCAUGCUGGAUUUGGAUUUGUGAUCCUUAGCUUCCCAGAGUGCUGGGAUUACAGUCAUAUGCCACAACACCCUGCCCCAGUAACCCCAUCCCUCCUUCCUGACCACCGUCCCUAAAACAGAUGGCACGAGCCAUCCCUGACAGAGCUUCUGACAGCGCUUCAUAAAUGUCAUUUCUAAAUCUCCUGUAAUGUUGUCUGUAGGUAACAUUAUUCCCACUUUACUUUGCGGAACAGACCUACAGAAAGGGGCGGUAAUUUGUUUAAAGUCACGGAGAGGAAUGACUGAGCCAGGAUUUGUACUCAAUUCUGUCUGGCUCCAAAGCUUAUCAGACCCUGGUUAGGAAUGAAGGUGCUGGGAUAGGGGAGGGACAAGUCAAGUCGCACCUUCAACAAGUGUGGGAAGGUCUAACAUGUUUGGGUGGGAGGUAGGGUGGGCAUGGGAUGCAGUUCAAGUCAUUUCAGACUGAGAUAAAGGAAGAGAGGAGGGGCGGGUGACACCAGGGCUACAGGCAACAGAGAGGGGCUGUCAGGAUUCAGCAGAUAAAAUACUGAAGCUUUUCCUGCUCUACUCACCAGAGGGAGAGGUGCUGUCUUCAGCCCAGGGGGACAGAGAGAGGGCCUUUCCACAUCUCAGCCCCUGGGGCCUGGGCACACUGCCAGUGCGGACAGCCGGGGAAGCACUGAGGCAGGGUGAUCCUUAUCUCAAGGAAGGAAGCAGUGGCAGCUCCACCAGUCUGUUUGUGACAAGCAGCCUCUGGGCCACGAAAGUCCCUUAAGGUCAAGGGAAAUGUGAUCCUAGGACACGCCUCUCACCCUCUGCCUUCAGGCCGAGGGGAUCCAGCCAGACAGAGGCCCAGGGCCCAGGCCAGAAGAGUAGCCAGCUAGAGAAGAAGGAGGAGCAAUUAGAAAGGGAGCGGAUGAAUUAAGGUUCCCCAGACACCUCAUAAAAAGUUUCCUGGCUAGAGAGGUAAUGACCUUUAUUGCAGCCAACAUGGUGUGACAGGCUUGAUGAGCCCCGGGGUGUAUUUCUUCCCGGGUGAACUCUUGCCUACUUCUCUUGUCCCGGCUCUGGUCGCUUUCUUGCCCGGCUGGUAGCGUAGUGCUGUGUGCAGACUAAGUCCACUCAUUUUCAAGUCCAGAUUCUGCUAGUGGGCUCUGCAACCGACUGAUCUUCCUGAAAUCUCAAAUUCCUCAGCCAUGAAGAAGAGCUCAGCCUACCGUGUCAGCACCAGCUUCGUCUUGGCCUCUCCACAGAGCUGCACCAGGAAGAGUUCAAGAGAUGAGGCAAGAGUACAUCUGGGUGGAGAAGGAGGAGGGAGGCAGACGCCAGGAGGAGGAGUGAGAUGCAGUCCAGGAAGAAGGGAGCCUGGAAACCUAAAUAACUUCGUCCAGGUGCACGGGAAGCAGAAAGGGUGUUGGGGUAGACAACUGGGAAGUGUCUCUCACCCGAGGACCAGCUGGAUUUCUUAUUCUGCAAGUGUUGCAGCUCACGGACUGGCAGGAGGAAUGGCACCUGUGGUGGCCCAGCUCCUCUUCCUGCAGCUUGUUCUAGGGCCAGCUCUGGUCAUAGACUUCAAGAUGCAUCCUGACGCCGUAGACUUCCGCAAGUUACACAUUGACCAACCCAAGUCUGAGUUCUCAGAGGGUUUCCAGGGCUACUGUAACGGAUUUAUGGCCUAUGUGAGGGGCAGAAGGCAAGACUGGUUUUGCCCAAAGAUCCAUUAUGUGCUACAUUCCCCCUGGAAGGAAGUCCGGCAACUCUGCAAUUAUACUGACUACUACUGUGAUGUCUAUAAUGCAUACUGCACACUUACUCAGAGGGCCCUUUCUCUCACAGUCUGCGUCCUGGCAUCUGAACAGCCAUCCACCAGCUGCUUCUACAACACCUACAUGUCUGAUCAAAGGCUCUAUCUGCUCUGCUCCCACAGAUAUAAAGGUGACCCAAUAGGUAUCAUCAGUGUCUAUGACAAAUUUUAAUUUCCAAACUAUCCCUACCUUGUUCCCAUUUCUGAAACUCUUGAUUCCUGCAAUAAGCCUUCCUCCCUGACUUCCAAGUAAGCAGGGCCCAGAGACUAGGCAGGUAGGAAAAUGCCCAGGGCUUUGGCCAUUGGAAAGCUGUACUGUCUUCUGUGUCCUUUCCAAUUUGUUUACCAGUUCACCACCCCCACCACUCCCACUGUCCCUCUCCCAGUGACAGUAAAACCCACCCAAGAAGCUGGCUGUGUCCACUUGGCAGUGCCUGUUGCUGCGCUGGGCCAGAUCCUGACUCCUGGAUGGAGGCCCAGGCCUCCAGCUCACACCAUAGCAACAGGCGUCCAGCUCCGGUACCACCCCCAUGCUUCUCAUCUCCAUCUCGCCCACUUCCCUCCCUACUUCCCCUUCCUCCACUCACAACCCCACACAGGAGUAUCUGCAGCUACAGGAGCCUCCGAGGGCCUCAGACCCACUUCAGCCUCCCCUACAGCCCCUCAGUCUCCAGCAUAUUUUUCCCUGUUCAUGUCACCUGUCAUUUCCUCACCCCCUACCAUGGAGCCAAUGCUCUCACCCACACUUACAACUGCUUGGGCACCUGCCUUCUUUUUCCAGGCUCUUCCUGCAGUCCUUUUCACCUGGGCCAACUGGAAGUUAUCUUCUCUCUCCCACUCCCACCAAGGUUCCUGCAUCCCUUUCCUUCUAGGAGAUCCUCCCAAAAUUGUCCAAACUCCAAGGUCUGCCACUGACAAAGCUGUGGAUAAGGUAGGCCUAGCUCCAGCCAUGUGAAGAUUUUUUGGUGGUGCUGGGGAUCAAACCUAAGGUGUCACACAAGGUGGACAAGUGCUCUACUACUGAGCUAUUUCCCCACCCCCACUUAUAUAAACUUUAAAAACCAUACCUCAGUUAAGAUAGAGUUAUUGUGCCAAGCAUGGUGGUAUAUGCCUAAAAUCUCAGAACCCUGGGAGGCUGAGGCAGGAAGACUGAACGUUUCUGGG